AUGGCUUCACUGGUGCCCAGCUCCGCUCAGCCUUCAGGCCAGCCCUCCACUGGACCAGCAGGAACCAUGUCAAGUCCACCAUCAAUCGUCAGCGGAUAUGAUCCCAAGAAUGAUCUAGCCCGGAAGCCGCAAAGGUCAAAAGAUCCAGCAUGGAGCUCAGUUCGUGGAGGGAUUAAAAGGUUGAAGCAACAUUUGGCAGGAGGUUAUGGAGAUGCAAAACUAUGUUCAGGUGUCAGCACUGAAGUUAGGAGGGAGAUGGCAGCUUACUUGGAUGCAAACAAGUGGAAAAGACCAUUGGUUCUAGAUGAUGAGGUGGUGGAGGUGGCAGCAAAUGAGGCUCCUGCAAAUGAGGCUGCUGCUGCGCCCACAAUUGUGUCCAGUACAAAAACCAAGGAAGAGAAGCAUUAUGUGGAUACACAAUGGGCCUUGUUCUUCUAUGAAUGUGGCAUACCUUUUAAUGCAGCAGUAGCAAGGCAAUUUCAGAUUGCAGUUGAGGCCACAGCACAAUAUGGUUCAGGGUACAAGCCUCCAACACCAUAUCAACUUGGGGAUCCAUUACUUCAAGAAGCAGUGAAGUCAACAAGUACCAUGAGAGAGGAGCAUGAGAGAGCAUGGAAACAUUAUGGCUGCACACUCAUGUCUGAUGGAUGGUCUGAUAGGAGGGGACGCCACUUAAUUAACUUCCUUGUAAAUAGCCCAGAGGGGACUUACUUCUUGGAGUCCAUUGAUGCAUCAAGUGAAGUACAUGAUGCAUACAUGCUUGCUGGUUUGCUAGAGAAGAAGGUUGAGGAGAUUGGUAAGGACAAGGUUGUUCAAGUUGUCACAGAUAAUGGUGCUAACUUCAAGGCUGCAGGCAAGAUUCUCAUGGACAGGAUUCCUACAAUAUUUUGGAGUCCAUGUGCUGCGCAUUGCUUGGAUCUCAUGUUAGAAGAUAUAGGGAACUUGUCGGAAUUCAAGAAACCUAUUACACGUGCAAGGCGUGUGACAACUUUUAUCUAUAGACAUGGGAGGAUCCUUAGUGCCAUGAGGGAGAAAACAGGUGGGGCUGACCUUGUGAGGCCAGCAGCCACACGUUUUGCAAUGGCUUUUUUGACUUUGAAGAGCUUGUACAAGCACAAGGAUGCUUUGAAGUCUUUAAUGGUUAGCGAAGCAUGGACUGGGAACAAAUUGGCAAAAACUAAGGCUGGUCUAGAUGUGCAUGACAUUGUGCUCUCUACACAGUUUUGGAAUUCAGUGGAAGAUUGCCUUAGAGCUUCAGCCCCACUCCUUAUUGUGUUUAGGGUGGUUGAUGGAGAUGAGAAGCCAGCAAUGCCAGAGGUUCAAGCUCUAAUGAACCUUGCAAAGGAGAGGAUCAAUCAAAGCUUUGCUAUCCAAUCCAAGAAAUCUUUGCUCAAGAAGAUUAUGGGAAUAAUUGAGCGACAUUGGGAGAAACAAAUGGAUCAUCCAUUAAUGGUGGAGGAUGGGGAAACUAGAAGCAAGAUCAAUGCUCAAGCCAUGGAUUAUGAAUAUCUUAGAGGAGAUGCUUUUUCAAAUAAGAUGGCCAUUCAAAACCUUGAGUCAAUGAGUCCUCUUGAUUGGUGGCGUUCCUAUGGUGGCCGUGCUAUUGAGCUACAAAGGUUUGCAAGGCGUGUGGUUAGUCUUUGUGCUUCAUCAUCUGGCUGUGAGCGAAAUUGGAGCAAAUUUGAAUCUAUCCACACAAAGAAAAGGAACCGAUUGUUGCAUAAGAGGCUGAAUUCUAUUGUCUUUGUUUCCUACAACCGGAAGAUGAAAUCUAGGUUCCAAAAGUUAUGCCAGAACCAGGGAAAAAACUUUGAUCCUUUGGUUAUUGAGGACUUUGAUUGGAACAAUGAGUGGGCUGACUCAUUGCAUGUACCCCCUCAAGGUACUCGUGGGUGUGACUGUGACCUUACUUGGAACCUUGUUGAUGAAGCUGUUGGAGCAUCACAAUCACUUCAAGGCUGGAACUUUCCAAGAGUAGCCCACAGGCGUGCAAGAAAUUCUGCACCUAUGGUGGAUGAAGCUGAGUUGGGUUCAGAUAAUGAAGAAAAUCCAGAUCCAUUUGAUGAUGCAGAUGUGACAGAUUGUGAGGAUGAUCCAAAUGAUGCCAAUGAAAUUGGAGAAGACAAUGAGGCAGCCAACGUUGCUGGAGAGUUUGAUGAUGGCUAUUGA